AUGGACUCGCGGCUACCACACCCUCGCCAAAUUCAAGCACAGCUCCAGGCACUCGGCGACGAAAUCCAGAGCAUCCGCGAAGAACACGAUGGCCACAUUGUCGGGCUAAGCCAGCGUCUGCAACAAGCUGAGAACCGCCAGCGACAACUCCUACAUCAGCUCCAAAUUGCUACGAACCGCUUUCCUGGACCGCCUGGCAGUAGUCACAGUGGUUACUCGAGUUCGACUGCCAACCUAGAUAAUCCUCUCCCUCUCUCGGAGUCUCUUAUCGGUACUGGUCGCAUCACAACACCUCCACGAGCACAUACCGGUGGCGCCACGAGUAACGACAGGUAUGAUCAAGAUCACGAUGACUGGGACCUGAUCGUGGAUGCUGCACUCGCGGCAGGCAACCUUGGCAACAAAGGAGUGGAUGUCGAGGAUCUGAAAGAGGCUCUCUUCCCUCCUCAGAACUACUCUGAUCGAUACAUGAGCGCCCCUGGCUGA